GUCGGCUUGCAUCGAGGAGAGUUCAGAGGAGACGGACGAAAAACUGCAUGUCUUCAAAGUUUACGUUUUAAAAGAAAGGAAUGUGUCACCUUUAACACUCUCGUUGUUUCAGCGGUGAAAGGAUUAGCUACUUCACUUAUGGUAUGUGUGUCGGCGUAGCUGAUCAAGUGCCUGCCGCUGACUGAAGAGCUUCUGCAGGAGAGGAGCAGCAAGCAUGGACGUGGAAGAAUUCCCUCCCCCGCCUCCUGAAAUGUUGGCCGACGGCGCAGAAGAAGACGAGGGAGAAGCCUUCGACUUCGACGACAGCGCUGACGACAUCCUUCCGGCCGCCAUCCCACCGCCUGCACCGCCUUCUCCUCCAGCUGCCCCGAUGGAGGAUCAAAGCCAGGACGGCGCUGUGGCCGGUCACACAGAGAGCCGUGUCCCCACCUCGGACCCCCGGGCCCCUGCCUCCACUUCCAGCGCGGCUCCAUCAUCGGUGGACGCAGCAGUCAGCAUGAGCAUUCCCUCCACGGCAGAUGGAGCAGCAGCAGAGGCCAAGGAGACAUCUGUUCCCGAGGGCGCUGAUGACAGGGAGACAGAUUUACCCUCACCUUUGCCUCCUCCACCUCCUCCUCUUGACGAUGACACAGAAAGUCCUGGAACACCAGCCGCUGAAGGCCAGACUGCACCUCUCAGUGAGCCGGACCCUCCACAGGCUGUCUCCAGGACCUCCUCCCAGGGCAAAGUCAACCCAUACUCUGUAAUUGACAUCUCCCCUCUCCAGCCUGAGCAGCAGCAGCAGCAGCACGGUCUCACCUCCUCCUCGGCCUCCUCACCGGUGGAGCCCAAAGAGAGAAAGGCAGAAGGCCAGGACGGCCACGGCAGUUCUCACGGCAUCACGUCGGGGUAUUCUGUCCCGGUGCCGUGCGGCUACGCCACCCCGUCGGGUGUACCGCUCAUCACACCGACUUACACAACACCCGUCAUCAUCCGGCAUCUCUCUGUUGAUGAAGAUGUGACCGUGGUUGGGAGUGCCAACUCUUGCGUUGAUAGUGUUUUCAGUGAAGAAUUCCCACCUAUCAGAGAAGAUGACGCUUUGGCCAAGUGGGCGUCUGACCCAGCCAACACCGCAUGGAUGGAGAAUCCAGAUGAAGUGAUUUACGAUGACGUACCCAGAGAAAACUCCGACUCCAACACAGAUCCGGAUGAGAUGAUCUAUGAUGACGUGGAGCUGGGCGAGGAGGGAGGCUGCAACAGCUCCCUCGACAAUGGCUGGAGCUCCAGUGAGUUUGAGAGCUACGACGAGGCCAGCGACGGCGAAGGUCGCCCCGAGAAUGGCCUGCCGCACGCUUUCAUGAGAGGAAAACCGCCUCAGAAGAAGACCCAUCUCUCUCAAGAUCUGACACGCUUGAAAGAACACUAUGAGAAAAAGAUGAAAGAUCUUAUGGCAAAUACAGUGGGAACGGUAGAGCUGCAGCAGAUUAAACAGAAACACGAGCAGAAGAUGCAAAAGCUGGUGAAGGCAGCUAAAGAAGGGACCAAAGAUGGACUUGAGAAGACCAAAGCUGCAGUCAAGAAGGGCCGCUCUUUCAUCAAGACCAAGUCCUUCUGUCAGGAGCGGAAGUCGGCCUGUUUCGAGGACGAGUCUGAGCUCUUUAUCGAGGUGGACUGUUUCAAUGUUGAGCCGGUAUUAAGUCCAGCACCUGAAGGUCUCUCGCAGCAGCAGCUUGUGAGAAGAUGCAUCCUGGACUCUAUUCUGGAAAGUGAAAAGAACUAUCUCGACGCACUCAAGAGGAUAUUAGAGCAAUAUGAGAAGCCGCUGUCCCAGAUCGAGCCUCGACUGCUCAGCGACAGGAAGCUGAAGAUGACCUUCUAUCGAGUGCGAGAGAUCCUGCAGUGUCACUUCCUCUUCCAGAUCGCGCUGGCGAGCCGAGUGGCUGAGUGGGACGGCUUGGAGAUGAUUGGGGAUGUCUUUGUGGCAUCGUUUUCCAAGUCCAUGGUGCUGGACGCCUACAGUGAGUAUGUGAACAACUUCAGCACGGCGAUGGCCGUAGUGAGGAAGACGUGCGCCUCCAAACCGGGCUUCCUGGAUUUCCUCAAGCACCGUCAGGAAACCAGCAGCGACCGGAUGACUCUCUACGGCCUGAUGAUGAAACCUAUCCAGAGAUUCCCACAGUUCAUUCUGCUCCUUCAGGACAUGCUGAAGAACACACCGGUGGGUCAUGCAGACCGUCUGCCGCUGCAGAUGGCUCUGACCGAACUGGAGACGCUGGCUGAGAAGCUCAAUGAAAAGAAGAGGGAGGCCGACCAGCGCUGUGAGAUCCGUCACAUAGCGAAGGCCAUGAACGAGCGCUACCUCAAUAAGCUCCUGAGUAACGGCAGCCGCUACCUGCUCCGCUCCGACGACAUGGUGGAGACGGUCUACAACGAGCGCGGGGAAAUCAUCAAGACCAAGGAGCGGCGCCUCUUCCUCCUCAACGAUGUGCUCAUGUGCGCCACGCCCAACAUCCGCUGUCAGGACGGCAGUGGGAGUGGGAGCGGAAACGCUCCACCUGACCAGAAGUUCCUCCUGAAGUGGAGCGUGCCUUUGAGCUUCGUGGAGGUGCUGGAGUUCGGAUCCAGCGAGGACAUGGCGGACAGCAGCCGCUACCCCGCCCCACACUCAGGGGAGAAGGUGGUGAUCAACGCUAAACCAAGCAAACUGUACAUGGGCCCAGGUCAGCUGUACCAGGACCUGCAGAACCUCAUCCACGACCUGGGCCUGGUCAACCAGAUCUCCAGCAUGAUCGGCAGCCUCAAAGGGAACUAUCAGAAUGUAAAUCCCACAGUGGCCCAGGACUGGGUAUCAGGACUCCAGAGGCUCAUCCUGAAGAAGGAGGAGGAGAUCAGGGCAGCUGACCGCUGUAGGAUCCAGCUGCAGCUGCCUGGCAAACAGGACAAGACGGGUAAACCCACGUACUUCAGCGCAGUGUUCAACACGCUCAGCCCGGCCAUCAAGCAGUCAUGGAUCACUAACUUGCAGAUGGCUAAGCUGGCUCUAGAGGAGGACAACCUGCAGGGCUGGUUCUUCGCAGAAGACGACGGUAAUCAGAUCAAAAAACAGAAACACCCUCUCCUGCUUCGACAGAUGCCCGUCGUCAUGUCAAAACUGCAAGAGUUCAAGGUUGAGUGUGCCGUUCAUAAUCCAGAGCCCCACAUCAACACCGAGAGCACAGCAGACACUCCCGUUGUGGGCCACGGCUGUGUCUGGGUUGCGAGUUGCACCAACCAAAUGGGGCAGAUAGCGAUCGUGGCCAUGCAGAGCUCCAGCCCCAAGGUGACCGAGUGCUUCAACGUGGAGUCCCGGAUCCUGUGCAUGACUUACGUCCCGGCCGAGCAGCUCCAGGAGAACGGAGAGAACGGCCCAGAGAACAACCACACUCCCCUUACGAAGGCCGCCGACACCCCCAGUGUCUGUCUGGGCAUGGAGGAGGGCAGCAUCAUUGUGUAUAGGAGCAGCCAGCGGUCGAAGAAAGUCCGCAUGCAGCAUUUCUUCACUCCGGAGAAGUCCACCGUCACCAGCCUGGUCUACAGGAAGCACUGUCUGUACGCCGGCCUGGUCAGCGGCUCUGUGGCCGUCUACUCCAGAUCACAAGACGGUUUGUGGAGCUGCGACAAGCCCCAGUUGCUGAAGCUGGGAGUCCUCCCCGUCAAAGCCAUGCUGGCGGUGGAGGAGCACCUGUGGGCUUCAUCCGGGGGACAGGUCUUCAUCAUCAGCACACACACACACCGUGUGGAGAGGCAGCUGGAGGCCCACCAGGAGGAGGGCAUGGUGGUCUCCCACAUGGUGGUGGCCGGCGUGGGCAUCUGGAUCGCCUUCAGCUCCGGAUCCUCGCUGCGCCUCUUCCACACCGAGACCCUGGAGCACCUGCAGGACAUCAACAUCGCCACGCCGGUCCACAGUAUCUUACCUGGAAACCAGAGAGUGUCAGUGAGCAGUCUGCUGGUCUGCCACGGCCUGCUGCUGGUCGGCACCAACCUGGGGGUGACGGUGGCGCUGUCGGUGCCCCGGCUGCAGGGCAUCCCCAAAGUGACAGGUCGAGGCAUGGUGUCUCUCCACGCCCACAUCGGACCGGUCAAGUUCCUGACCAUGGCUGCAGCGGUGUGUAACCGGCCCUCCGGCCCCCCGUCCUCCGGCGCUCCGCUCCAGCCCGCCGACUCGCCGGAGGCGGAGAGCGGCCGGCCCCCCUCGGACCCGGGCUCCUCCCCCCCCCGGGGCCGGGGCGUGUGGCUGGGGGAGUCCGGCUGCACCAGCAUGGCGCUGCAGGACUCCGUGUCGACCUCGUCCUGCGGCUCGCUGGCCCCCUCCCAGGGCUCCCUGGAGCACGGCCCCGAGGACGGCGCCCUGUACGAUGUGCUCCACGACCCCGCCCAUCACAAGAGGGGCCGGCGCUCCAGCAAGGUGGACGUCGGUUCUCUGCUGGUGGUGUCCGGAGGCUCGGGCCACCGCAGGGUGAACAGGAAGACCAAACCGUCUCGGCACGAGGACGCCACGUCCACCAUCAUGAUCUGGCAGAUCCCGCUACUCAACAUGUGACCACAUGAUGAAACCGAAGUGCUGCACAGAGAUCUGUUUCCACUCGGCCGAACGUUCGGGCUCGAACAGCCCGACGUCUUAAGUGUGUCAAGCAUUUUGCAGUUUUCCCAGGAGGCUGUGAUGAGAAGAAGAAGGAGCCGCAGAGCUGAAAGGCCUCUCCUCUGUCUCCUGUAACACGUCUAACACAUUUCAUAUAUCUCCAGUGUUUGUGCCUCGCGGUGUGACUGCAGUAUUUAAAUCAGUGUUGACAGGAAAUCUUGACCGCUUCGCACGGUUACAUAAAAGUGUCUCGUAAAGCUUCUGGACGGACCUGAACUGUUCUGUCCAGGCCGGAGUUGUAAACUGGACAACUCGGGAUUAUGUGUGUGAGGAAAGAGAGAGAGAGAGAGAGAGAGUGUCUAUAUGGAGUCAGUUUACUAUUGAACCAGCUUAUCCAGUACUGUUAACUUAGAAAAGGGAUGUUUUUUAAAAAAAAAAAGUUUUUAAAAGUUAUGAUGACUGAAACUGUUGGAGAAGGUUUGGUGGGAAUCUCUGGCUGGCCAGGUUUCUAUUUGUAAAGGGAACACAGAUUUGUGAGCUCGGAGAGGGAUUUUUUUUUUCUUUUUUUUUUUGCCCUAAUUCAUAUUUGUUUCUCACUUAAGGAUAUUUUAUAUAAAAAAGAAAAAAAUCAGAUUUAUACUUUUGUCACCCUUUCGAUGUACUUAUGUAUAUUAACAGAUACAUAAACGUUGUUUUAUCAAGCAGUCUUCUGUACCUUCUUGGAAGCAUGCAGGCUUUAUUUCAGCACAUACUUUAACUUAUUCUGGCUCUUUUUCGUCUUGUGGAAGCUUCUGUUUCAUGUCCAGACAAACCCAAU